AUGCCCAGGGGCUUCCUGGUGAAGCGCAUCAAGCGGACCGGCGGCUCCUACCGAGCGCGCCACGCCGAGCGCCUCUUCCCGCUGCCGCGGCCCUUCCCCGAGGAGACUUCCGGGGGGGCGCCCCGGCCCCCGGCGGAGCAGGAGGCGCCCCCCGCCGCCCGAGAGGAGCCCGGGAAAGGGGCCGAGGAUGCAGUGGCAGCGGCCCGCGAAUGGCCAGGCUCGCCCUGUCGGGCGGCGGGGGCGAGCCCCGGGCCCGGCGCGGAGUGGAGGGGCGACGGCUCUGAGGGGGCGCCCAGCCACCACAGCCCGGCGAAGCCGGCGGGCGCCGAGCCGCGCCGCGCCUUCCUGGAGCGCUGCCUCAGCUCGCCCGUCUCCGCCGAGUCCUUCCCCGGGGGCGGCCCGGCGCUCGCCCCCUUCUCCGGCUCGGGCUCGGCGGCCCCGACCUCCGCCGGGGAGCCCUUCCCGCCGCCGCCCCCGCGCCCCGAGCCCGUCCCCGCCCUGCCCGGCCUGCCGCCGCGGGCCCCCGGCGGCGUCAAGAGACCCAAGGCCGCGCGGAGGCUGAGCUUCGCCGACGAGGUGACCACGUCGCCCGUCCUGGGCCUGCGGAUCAAGGCGGAGGAGCCCGGCGCGGCUGCCGCGGCGGCGGCGGCGGCGUUGGGGUCCCGGGCCCGAGGGUGCAGCCGGGCGCCGCUGGGCGCCUUCAUCUGCCAGCUGUGCAAGGAGCAGUACGCCGACCCCCUGGCGCUGGCGCAGCACCGCUGCUCCCGCAUCGUGCGCGUCGAGUACCGCUGCCCCGAGUGCGACAAGGUCUUCAGCUGCCCCGCCAACCUCGCCUCGCACCGCCGCUGGCACAAGCCGCGGCCCCCGCCGCCCGCCGCCCCGCCGCGCCCCGCCGACGGCAAGGAGAACGGGCGCCUGGAGCACGCCGCCGAUCAGCACCCGCGGCCCAGGGACAGCUCCGCCGCCGCCGCCGCCGCCGCCGCGCGCCCCGGCCCCGGCCUCCAGCUGCCGUCGCUCCCCGAGCCUCCGCGGCCGCGGGCCCCCUACCCCGACGGGGUGCUGGGGCGCCCGGCCGGGCCCGCCGAGAUCUUCGUGUGCCCCUACUGCCGCAAGAGCUUCCGCCGCCAGGCCUACCUGCGCAAGCACCUGGGCACGCACGAGCCCGGCGCGCCCCGCGCGCUGCCCCCCGGCCUGGCCCGGCCGCCGUGCGGGACGCACCUGCCGUCGGCGGACGGCACGGAUCCGCACCGGCUGUGGCUGGCGGUCCGCGACGAGCUGCUCCUGCCCGCCAGGCCGCCGAGCCCCGCGGCGGCCCCCGACGGGGCGGUCCCGCAGACCUUCUGCUGCAAGCACUGCCCGUCCACCUUCUUCAGCUCGCCCGGGCUCACCCGCCACAUCAACAAGUGCCACCCCUCCGAGAGCCGGCAGGUGCUGCUCCUGCAGCUGCCCCUGCGGCCCGGCUGCUGA